AUGUCUGCCGCGACAGUGGAGGGUUCGACCUUACUUGGUCUCCCUGUUGAAAUGCGAAGCCAGAUCUUUGACUCAAUCUUCGAAUCCACCACACUCUACGUCGAACCAGGCUGGCGCGAUGAAGACUACAACUACGAACUUUCUUCUCCUCCCCAACUCACCGAGAAAUUAAACCUUGUUUGCCGUACUUUCAACAAUGAAAUUGGCGACUCAUGGCACAAGAAGGUCACCUAUUAUUUUCCCAAUACGGUUGCGUUUAUCGAUGUCAUGUCACAGUGGCCAGAGGAGAGAAUCAGACAAAUACGACAUGCCCAUAUUGUAGCAUAUCCCCUCCCCAUAUAUCACCACAACGCAACAUUCUAUACUACACAUUUCAUGUUCGAAGCCCUGAAAAUGUUCCCCGGUCUACAGCUAGACGUUCUGACCGUGGAGAAUAUAUGGCUUGAGCCUAAUGGCGAGCCCCUCGACGGUUGGUGUAUAGGCGCCACGACCAUCGACGUUACAUGCUUGCUCCAGAGCAAAGGCUGGAAGGAAUUCCGUUACCUUUCCGGCGUGCUUCCUUUGACACCCAGUCAAGUUCGCAAUAUAGAUGAAAGAAUCACCAAAAUGAAAGCAGAGCGUAACGAGCCUGGCUUUGAGUACCACAUCACCCGCCACAGACCGCAGCUGGCUGGACUGCAGUCAGUACAUCCUGAUGGCACUGUUGAAUACAAGGAUAGUCAAGAAGAUCGAGACGAGGUUGAGCACUGGUAUAAAACCCAUCCCGAAGAGCCGCCACAGGAUCAAAGUUUGCCCGAGGAUACGGAGAAGGAGGUGAUGGUGUGGGCCAAGAGAGGUACUGCUGAUUAUGUCCAAGAUGGUGAGAAUCUCCACCCCGCAAUCAAGGAGCUGCUGGAUCACAAGCCUUGGCUUCAGCAUCGGAGAGAUGGCCAAAUGCUCGUUAGUGACGGCAUGGAUGAUCCUGCCGGACAUCUUUGA